AGACAGCCCCCCUCUCUCGGCCCGGCCAUCUUGUGGGAAGAGCUGAAGCAGGCGCUCUUGGCUCGGCGCGGCCCGCUGCAAUCCGUGGAGGAACGCGCCGCCGAGCCACCAUCAUGCCUGGGCACUUACAGGAAGGCUUCGGCUGCGUGGUCACCAACCGAUUCGACCAGUUAUUUGACGACGAAUCGGACCCCUUCGAGGUGUUGAAGGCAGCAGAGAACAAGAAAAAAGAAGCCGGCGGGGGCGGCGUUGGGGGCCCUGGGGCCAAGAGCGCAGCUCAGGCCGCAGCUCAGACCAACUCCAAUGCGGCGGGCAAACAGCUGCGUAAAGAGUCCCAGAAAGACCGCAAGAACCCGCUGCCCCCCAGCGUCGGCGUGGUUGACAAGAAGGAGGAGACGCAGCCGCCUGUGGCGCUUAAGAAAGAAGGAAUAAGACGUGUUGGAAGAAGACCUGAUCAACAACUUCAGGGUGAAGGGAAGAUAAUUGAUAGGAGACCAGAAAGGCGACCACCUCGUGAAAGAAGAUUCGAAAAGCCACUUGAAGAAAAGGGUGAAGGAGGAGAAUUUUCCGUUGAUAGACCGAUUAUUGACCGGCCUAUCCGAGGCCGUGGUGGUCUUGGAAGAGGUCGAGGAGGUCGUGGACGUGGAAUGGGCCGGGGAGAUGGCUUUGAUUCUCGUGGCAAACGUGAAUUUGAUAGGCAUAGUGGAAGUGAUAGAUCUUCUUUUUCACAUUACAGUGGCCUGAAGCAUGAGGACAAACGUGGAGGGAGCGGAUCUCACAACUGGGGAACUGUCAAAGAUGAAUUAACAGAGUCCCCCAAAUACAUUCAGAAACAAAUAUCUUAUAAUUGCAGUGACUUGGAACAAUCAAAUGUGACUGAGGAAACACCUGAAGGUGAAGAACAUCCAGUUGCGGACACUGAAAAUAAGGAAAAUGAAGUUGAAGAAGUAAAGGAAGAGGGUCCAAAAGAAAUGACUUUGGAUGAGUGGAAGGCUAUUCAAAAUAAGGACCGGGCAAAAGUAGAAUUUAAUAUCCGAAAACCAAAUGAAGGUGCUGAUGGGCAGUGGAAGAAGGGAUUUGUUCUUCAUAAGUCAAAAAGUGAAGAGGCUCAUGCUGAAGACUCAGUUAUGGAUCAUCAUUUCCGGAAGCCAGCAAAUGAUAUAACAUCUCAGCUGGAGAUCAAUUUUGGAGACCUUGGCCGCCCAGGACGUGGUGGCAGGGGAGGACGAGGUGGGCGUGGGCGUGGCGGACGUCCAAACCGUGGCAUCAGGACUGACAAGUCAAGUGCUUCUGCUCCUGAUGUGGAUGACCCAGAGGCAUUCCCAGCUCUGGCUUAACUGGAUGCCAUAAGACCACCCUGGUUCCUUUGUGGACCCUCCUCUUUGAGGCUUGCAUGCUUAAGGAUCCCAAACGACUAAGAAAUUUAAAAAAAAAAACAAAAACAAAAAAAAAGACUGUCAUUCAUACCAUUCACACCUAAAGACUGAAUUUUAUCUGUUUUGAAAAUGAACUUCUCCUGCUACACAGAAGUAACAAUAUGGUAGUCAGUUUUGUAUUUAGAAAUGUAUUGGUAGCAGGGAUGUUUUCAUAAUUUUCAGAGAUUAUGCAUUCUUCAUGAAUACUUUUGUAUUGCUGCUUGCAAAUAUGCAUUUCCAAACUUGAAAUAUAGGUGUGAACAGUGUGUACCAGUUUAAAGCUUUCACUUCAUUUGUGUUUUUUAAUUAAGGAUUUAGAUGUUCCCCCUAUUACAAACUGGUUUUAAAUAUUGGACAUAAUAUCAGUUUUAAUAUCUGCUUUGCAUUUUCACACAUGGUCAACUGGGACAUGUAAACUUUGUCAAAUUUUAUGCUGUGUGGAAUACUAACUACUUUAUGUAUUUUAACUUAGUUUUAAUAUUUUCAUUUCUGGGGAUAAGGUGUUUUUCACUUCUCAUGAUAGCUGUUAUAUAUGCUAAAUCUUUAUAUACAGAAAUACCAGUACUUGAACAAAUUCAAAGCACAUUGGUUUAUUAACCCUUGCCCCUGCAUGGUUCAUUAGGUUCAAAUUAUAAUUGAUUCAAUUUCAAUUAUAUUUACUUUUAAAAUGUCACUUGCCCAUUUUAAAAAUCAGUCUAGACACCUUACUGGUAAAAGUUGUUUAAGCUACUUAUUGUUGGUAGACAUACUGUCAAGUGAAGUAGUUUUAUGGGUGUUGGAUUUUUCCUCCUCCAAUAGGGUGGGUGGAACAAGUUAAUUUGGCUAAUGUGUUAACAUUUAAACUGCUCUGUAAAGUAAGUGGCCGCUCAGUAUGAUUUGUAUGUGUGAAAGGUCCCAAAAUCAAAAUUGUACAUCCAUAAUCAACCCUUUAACUCUCCCUUGUUCUAAAGAAACCAAAGGGCACUGGUUAGUAUGGUAAGGUUGGAGGUUGUUAAUUUCUGGGAUUUGGAAAGUGGACAGCUUUACUUUAUAAGGUUGGAACAGCAGCACCAUCCAUGAAAUGAAAACCAAAAAUUUUACUGUUUCCAAAUUUCCUAUAUUGCUAUUAAUUUUUGUCUUGAUAGAUUCUGUAGAAGGUAACAAGUAUCUUUUUACCUCUUCCUCUGUUACAAAAUUAGGUUAAUAAUGGAUUCUUUGAUCAAGAGCAUCACCACUUAGUAAAACAUACAUGGAGAGAAUAAUAAACAGCCUUUCUAGGA